AUGCAGGAGGCGACGUCUCCGCUCCCGGCGCUGAGCAACGGCUACCAGCCGCUCCCGUUGCUGUACCUGGGGUUCCUGGCCAUAUGGGCGGCCUCUGGCUUCUCCUGGGCCUUCAGCACAUGGAGGAACCGCCAUUACCAGGCGAAUAACCUACAAUGGAUCCUGUCCCUAGUCCCACUGAUCAAAGCGCUCCAAAUGGCACUCUCAUUCCUGUUCUGGUACUCGUGCGUGCACCUUCAGACAUGCUCGCUGUGGAUGUCGUUCGGCGCGUACGUGACGGGGAUCCUCUUCCAGACGGCCUCCUUCGUCUCCUUCGUGCUCAUCUCCCACGGCUACUGCAUCAUGUGCGAGCGCCUCUCCAUCCGGGAGAGACGAACCACGGCCGCUCUCGGGUGCCUUCUGUACCUGAGCCUCAUCGGCUACAAGGCUGCAGUUCCCUACUUCACAGUAAGUCAUUCUUCUGGUCAACUAUUUUGCGUCAUUUUACAUCAUAUUUCGGCGUACUUCCCAGAAUCUUAUAGUUCUACAGGAGCAGCUCAGUUUCAUAGAAGAGGAAGACAUCCAUUCCUAGCACGGCGCGCUGAACACAAAGUAUACAAUGUUCAAGUAAGCCCUUUCUUCCCAACUGUUUCAGUUCUGAUUUGCCUCUCGAAAAUUGCUAUGUUCGUAAGCUCCGUCUCUCGGUUUUUCUUCAGGAGAUUUCAGGGAACGAUGCAGGUGGCCGCAGUGGCAUUUAUCAUGGUAUACAUGAGGGCCGACGACACAUCAGAGAACUACUGGUUUCGCGUGUUAGUACGUGAGUGGGUACAGUUCUGCAUCUUCAUGUACAUUGGAUGGAACUUCAGAAUCCCUGAAGCCUCACUUCAUCUGCAUACCAUACCCCUUAUGAAAUCAGCAUGGGAGAUCACCAUGCCUCCUAUUUACAGUGUGGAGAUGGACGCAGCCGAUUUCAAAGGUCUAGUCUCGGAUCAAUGGCAUGUUGGAAUGAGGACUGGUUCAGGCUGUUCUGCACAACCCCUACCGGUGCUGGUUCAGAACCCUUGCCCAACGACGGCUUGUCCUUCCGGUAGAGCCUCAAAGUUUCAGUUGGACAGGGACAACCAGGUAUAG